AUGGCUCCAAGACUUCCCCUGUCAAAGCUACAUCUCAUCCGUGAUAUGAUAGAGAGCCAGUCACUAAGCACGUCUCAAAUGGCUGAAGAAGCUGAAUGCAGCAAGGUUACGAUCAUCAAUAUUCGCAGGAACUUACGGCAGUUCGGAAAUGUCCACGCACCACCAAAUCGAAUAGGCCGGAGACGGACCGUAACGCCGCCGAUGAUCGAGGCCCUCUGCGACCACCUGUCUGAAAAGCCCGGUCUUUACCUAGAUGAGAUGGCUGUCUUUCUCUGGGAUGAGUUCCACACACUAGCCACAACCUCCAGCAUCAGAAGAGCCCUUGUCGCUAGAGGUUGGUCGAAAAAGACUGCUCGGCAGCAAGCCAGGGAGCGAAAUGGUGACUUACGAGAGUAUUAUUUGCACAAUUUAUCAGACUUCCAAUCAUACCACCUAGUGUACGUUGAUGAAUCUGGGUGCGAUAAAAGGGUUGGAUUCAGGCGAACAGGCUGGUCACCCCUUGGCGUGGCGCCCAUACAAGUAUCGCAGUUCCACCGCGACCAGCGAUAUCAGAUACUGCCUGCGUAUGCCCAAGACGGGAUCGUCCUCUCGCGUGUCUUUCGCGGUUCAACGGAUGCUACUAUGUUCGAAGACUUCAUAGCCCAGCUUCUUCAGCACUGCGGAAAAUGGCCCGAGCCUAAAUCUGUUGUGAUUAUGGACAAUGCAUCGUUUCAUCAUUCAGAACGGAUUGCGCAGAUGUGUGCGGACGCGGGUGUGAUAUUGAUUUAUCUACCGCCCUACUCGCCCGACUUAAAUCCGAUUGAGGAGUUUUUCGCUGAGCUAAAAGCUUUCAUUAAACGUAACUGGGGCUACUAUGAAGCAGAUCCUGAUCAAGGAUUUGAUGCCUUCCUCACAUGGUGUAUUGAUAUUGUCGGUGCAAAAGAAGAAAGCGCUAAAGGUCAUUUUCGACACGCAGGCUUGAAGAUCGAAGAAAUAUUAGAAAGGUCCUAG